AUGGUUCGGUCUUUAAUUCAUCUUCCAGACGAGAUCCUGCAUUCUAUUCUAUGUUAUUCUACUCCUCAAUCCUGCGCUGCCGUGGAACAGACCAACAGUCGAUUUCGAAACGUCACAAAUGAACGCUUACUAUGGCGCAACCAUUGCCAGUCGCAUUACAAGUUCUGGGAUGGGCGACAUGAUUUACCCCGGAAGCUUGCAUGUCCAGUCAAUUCAACCGAUUGGAAAGCGCUCUUUGUCUUCAAGUAUCAGGUUGAUCGAUCUGUCACUCAGCUUCUUGGUAGUAUUCUUGGUAGCCAGAUCGGCCGGAUCGAGAAGUUUCGCCUUGUCAUCAAUAUGGGAUAUGAUGCAAAGGAUACUCUUCUACGAUAUAGCCUGAUAGAGUCUGGGGAGGAUUAUUUGGCCAGAAGAGUGCCUUGUGCCAACUACAAAAGGUACUAUGCCCACGCGCUCUUGACUUGCCUGCACCGAAGCAUUGCCAUACCUGAAUGGGCGAAACUCAAACGCGGAGAACCCGUAUCGCUCGACCGAGCCUUGGCCUGCUUUGAUCUCUUUAUACCCGAGAGUGGAACUGGUGACUUGAAUGAAAUACGAGAGUCUCUGGGCAAGGUCCUCGACCGCUUUCUUGUCUCUCACCCGGAUCUUUCCAUCUUCACACCUCGUGAGAAGGCACUAGCUGUAGCAUCCUGGUUAGGGUUGAACGGUCUCACGGGGAUCAAUCCAGAGCGGGAAUACCAUUCUUUGGAGCACAACUUUUUAGGGUUAGCUCUAAAGGGCUCGGAGCAUAACUCCCUACCGUUGGUAUCAGCGGCGAUAUAUUGCUUUGUUGCCCAGGGGGUGGGCCUGAACGCCCGUCCCUGUGGAUUCCCAUUUCACGUGCAUGUGAUCAUCACCCCCCCGCUGGGCUCCGACAUGAAUGGAAAUGCUUUGGGUGGGAUAGAGCCAGGCGAGCCCCUUUAUUUGGACCCAUUUCGGGGUGCAAGAGAGACUCCUGUCUCAACCCUGCGCAGCCAAUUAACAUUUCUGGGCAUGUCCGAUGUGGACCAGACCGCAACUUUGGGUGAGGCAUCGACUUCGGGCGUUAUCUUGCGCUGUGGUAAGAACAUAUUAAACUCGAUUCGUGUCGAACCACAAAAUCCGACCUUGCGUGCCACCUCGAUAGAUGUUGUGAGCGCAAAGUACGCAGCACUCUGGUCUGUGAUGCUACUGUCCGGCGAUUCGAGGCCAAUGGAUCUACGUCAUCAGUUGCCAUGGCUCAUGGAACUGUUCGCUACAGACUUUCCUUCUGAUAUAUUUCUAGUUGAGCAGUACAUCGCUCCUCUGUUUCAUGGGCUGUUCGAGCAUGAACACAUACUGGAGAGCCUUCAUGUGAUGAGGGCUGUGGAUGAGAUCCCAAAGCAGGUUCGCAGGCGAACCGGUGGAAAUGCGAAUAUACGAUACAAGGUGGGCCAGGUCUUCCGCCAUCGUCGCUAUCAUUACGAGGCCAUCAUUACUGGUUGGGACUCGGAGUGUGGCGCGGGCGAACAAUGGAUGAGGAGAAUGGGCAUUGAUCGAUUAGAUGCUGGCAGGCACCAAAGCUUCUAUCAUGUGCUUGUGGCGGAUCGAAGUGUCCGGUAUGUGGCCGAGGAAAAUAUUGGAAUAAUUCUGCCUCGCUUCACGGAAUUGCCGAGUAGCUUGACUGCCAUUGCGGGUAAGCAUUUCAAGCGGUGGGAUGAGGGGAAGCGGAUGUUUGUUAGUAACAUGAAGGAUGAAUACCCGGAUGAUUAG